AUGGACCCGAGGCUGUGGUCCGUGCACGUCGAGGCAGAUCGCAAGCGAGGCGGCAAGCCAAGGGAAAUCAAUGUGCGGCCGGCGGCGCCCGCAUACGGAUAUCAGCACCGCCGGCAUCGCCGCGAACGAGCGCGACGCCGCGCCGCCACCGCCGCAAGGGAGCGCGACGACGCUUGGGCGGCGCGGAGGCAGCACGCGUUGGCGGGAAGACAGCUCGGAGAGACAGACGGCCAGAUGGAAUUCAUAAUGUCCCAAAUGAACGAACAAUAG